UCCGAAAGGAAAAGAAACAUACGACGCGAAAGAGUGUGUGAGCAAUGUACGUGCAAUUUUCACACUGCUGAUGAGCUAGUGUGUCGUUCCGUCUGAGUGUUCCGUGAUGCGGUGUUCUUAUUAAAUUAUACAAAAAAGAAAAACCAAACGGGAUCUCAAGUGAUAAUCUCGGGCGCUAUUCGAUUUGGAUCGGGAGUAUCGGUUUUCCGGGCACAGUUCGAGAAACAAGUCGCAGCGGAUUCGAUCUUUCUGGCUACGAGGCGGCCCGAAUGCCUUAGCAUGCUGGCGACCUAGAAUGUAUGACCUGUAGGGGGAAUUUCUUCUACGGGGGCUCCUGCAAAGUAAGAGUAGAGUGAAAAACGGAGAGAUUUUCGCAAAAAAAAGGUUUUUUCAAGUGCACGCAUCCGGAUAUAGUGGAAUAGAAUCUUUCAACAGUACUGAGGAGGCCGCAGUGGACGGAUUCCCGUCAUUGUUUUCAGCGAUAAACAAAAUACAGGAUUGCUUUGUUUCCGCUGCCUACUGCUGCUGUAUUAUUGAUUGGUUCCAUUGGAAUUCAAUUGCGCUAGCGAGUACAAACGAUGGCUGCCUACCCGGAAUAUGGUUACUUGGCCGGAGCAGAUGAACUUAAUAACGAAGAUGGUGCCUGCUCUCGUCUGCGGAUAAAGGUCAUUGCUGGUCAACAAUUGGCGAAAAAGGACAUUUUCGGCGCUAGCGACCCAUACGUCCGCAUCGACCUGAACACCAUAGCCGGCGACGAAAACAUCGAUUCGGUGCUAACGAAAACCAAAAAGAAAACACUCAACCCCCGGUGGGACGAAGAGUUCAUCUUCCGGGUGAAACCGAACGAGCACAAGCUGGUCUUUCAGGUGUUCGACGAGAACCGGCUAACCCGGGAUGACUUCCUCGGGAUGGUGGAACUACCGUUGUCACAGCUGCCGAAGGAAACGGCCGACGGGGCACCGAUUCCGAACAAAAGCUAUCCACUGCGGCCGCGCAGGUCAGUAGGUGCCCGAUCAAAAGUGCGCGGUCAGCUGGAUCUGUAUCACGCCUACGUUCAGGAUUUGAAUGCUUCCGGGGAGACCGAUUGGGAAAUCAUCGAAACGAAUAAUUCAAUCUCUAGUAGUUCGAAUGGUGGCGGUGGGGCAGUUGAUGUUCUACCAUCCGGAUGGGAAGAACGGCAGGAUGCCAACGGGCGUACUUACUACGUGAAUCAUUUGGCACGAUCCACACAAUGGGAGCGACCUACUGCCGUCCUAACGCAAUCAUCCCAGGACAACGACAUGGCAGCUGCCUUCCAAAGACGUGUUCAUAUCAGCGUGGACGAUAACAUUACGGGCACCGAUGCCGUUGGUUCCGACAACGAUUCACCUAGUUUGAUUAACGUGGAUGAGGAGGAGGAGGAGGAGGAGGAAGAAGAAGAAGAUGUCAACGAAGGCAAAAAAGCUACUGUAGAUCUGCCAAAUCGUGGCCGGCUGGUCUCUCGUAGCCAAACGGUUGACUCACAAUCCUCACCGGUUCUCGAGGAUGAACCUGGUCGUGAUGUAGAAGCAACAGGAAGCGCCGAAGAAUUCGGUUUUCCGGUUGAAGAUGAUAUCGGCGUCGAUGUACUGAGCCUCUACUUUGACUCGGACGAUCAAGAGGCGAGUAACGUAAGCCUAACCUCCGAGCAGGCCGCAAGUCGUCUCGAUGCUUCUUUGAACAAUUCAGUUUCCUCGCUGGCGACAAUGGGUGCGGCAACUGUUUCCACGAGCGACGAUCCGGUAGUGUUCCGGUCGGAUUCACUACGAUCUCUGCCAACGGUACGAGUCAGUUCUCCACCCCUUCUUCCGGUGGCGUUGGUACGGAGUCCAACGCGGGUUGCUUCGAUGGCUAAUGCCUCCCAGGCUGGUAUCAGUCGAAGAAAAAGACUCCCGCCCUUACCAGUUCCAGCUUUGCCCCGUCAAGUAACCGUCGAACAAGAGGAAGCACCUCCCUUGCCACAAGAUAUACCCGGACUGAACGAAGAAGCUCCCAGCGGAGAGGAUGUGGAUCACGCAGCGCAGAACCGAAUCCUGCAGCAUUUGAGCGAUUCUAGUCGCCGCUCCUCGAGCCGCUCGUCAAUCGGUAGUGACAGCAGUGUUCGUGGUGCCAUUUCUGUUGGUGGUGGAGGCGGUACAACCGAAGACGAAAUUGAUGGUGGUGGCGGUGGAGGAGGUGGCGGCGGUGGUGUUGGAAGACGUUCAUCAACUAACAACAAUAACGAUGCAGGUGAUGAUCUCUCAUCGACACGUUCCUCUACCUCCAAUGAGAACGAUUCGUCCAGUAGUAGUCCGGUUGGAGCGGAAGCAGUGCUCCCAACAGGAUGGUCCAUGCAGUUAGCUCCCAAUGGAAGGGUUUUCUUCAUUGAUCAUAACGAGAAGAAAACGUCGUGGGUAGAUCCACGAACUGGUCGGGCAAGUCCGAUGCCAAACACACCGAACAAUGCGACGAUCAGUGACUCGAGACGACCGGAAGACGGACUGGCACCACUGCCGGAAGGCUGGGAGGAACGAGUGCAUACCGAUGGGAGGAUCUUCUUUAUCGAUCACAAUACAAGAACCACUCAAUGGGAAGAUCCACGUCUGUCGAUGCCGAAUGUGGCCGGCCAAGUGGUUCCAUAUUCUAGAGAUUAUAAGCGGAAAUACGAAUACCUUAAGGGUCAGCUGAGGAAACCGGCUAAUGUCCCAAACAAAAUCGAGAUCAAAGUGCGGCGGGCGUCUAUCCUGGAAGAUUCCUACCGGAUCAUCAAUUCCAUUACCAAGAUUGACCUGCUGAAGACGAAAUUGUGGAUCGAGUUCGAGGGUGAAGCCGGUUUGGACUAUGGUGGACUAGCCAGGGAAUGGUUCUAUCUACUGUCGAAGGAGAUGUUCAAUCCAUACUACGGACUGUUCGAAUACUCAGCUAUGGACAACUACACCCUUCAGAUCAAUCCGUUCAGUGGGUUGUGCAAUGAGGAUCAUCUUCAUUACUUCCGAUUCAUCGGUCGAGUCGCGGGGAUGGCUGUUUACCACGGUAAGCUGUUGGAUGCGUUCUUCAUCCGGCCCUUCUACAAGAUGAUGCUGCAGAAACCAAUCGACCUGAAAGAUAUGGAAGCCGUGGACAUGGAGUACUACAAUUCGCUACUGUGGAUCAAGGAGAACGAUCCGAGUGAGCUGAUGUUAACGUUCUGCGUUGACGAGGAAACGUUCGGAUACACCAGCCAGCGGGAGCUGAAACCCAACGGUGCCAACAUUGAGGUUGCGAAUGAAAACAAGGAUGAGUACAUCAAGCUGGUUAUUGAGUGGCGCUUCGUGGCUCGGGUUAAAGAUCAAAUGCAAGCAUUUCUGGACGGGUUUGGUCAGAUCGUUCCGCUGAAUCUACUGAAGAUUUUCGACGAAAAUGAACUGGAACUGCUGAUGUGCGGCAUCCAGAGCAUUGACGUGAAAGAUUGGAAGAGGAAUACACUGUACAAAGGUGACUACUUUGCGAAUCAUGUGAUCAUUCAGUGGUUCUGGCGGGCGGUGCUUUCCUUCUCGAACGAGAUGCGAGCGCGGCUGCUACAGUUCGUGACCGGAACGAGCCGGGUGCCGAUGAAUGGGUUCAAGGAACUGUACGGAUCAAAUGGACCGCAGAUGUUCACGAUCGAGAAGUGGGGUACACCGGAAAACUAUCCUCGGGCGCACACCUGCUUUAACCGUCUGGAUUUGCCCCCUUACGAAAGCUACCUGGCACUGAAGGAUCGUCUGGUGAAGGCUAUCGAAGGCAGCCAAGGAUUCGCCGGUGUCGAUUAAACCGAACCAAAUCGUGCAGUGUUUGUAAAUAUCGAAGCGCAAGCAGCUAUUUAUAUUCUUACGCUUGAUCUUUCCUCCCUCCGUAAAUCAGUAACCAGAAUGUAUCCUCCACAUCCUACACCAAACUCUCUUCCGUGAUUUAGAUGUCGAUUAAAACAACACAUGACAAUCUUGCACCUGCCAAGUGCAUGCAUGCAGUGCGACAUUCGGACGUUAUCCUCUAGCUGCCAAACCGAACAUUUGUGCCGUAGUAUUCGAUUACCAACUAGAAGAGCAGAUAAAAAAACCCGCAUAGUUAAAGCCAGAGAGCUAUUGCGAUUGUUGUAAGUGUUACGGAAAAUUGUUUUCUCAUUGUUAUCAUCAUGCCUUAGCUGAGAGCUCUAUAUAUAUUUACUAACGUGUUUGGCCCUUCGACUGGAGUGUCACCAAUUUUAAAUCGUGAAAUCGAAUGUUGAACAUUGUUUUUGAAUGUUACUAAAUCCGUUUGACUGUUUCGAGAUUCGGUUACUUCUCCUGGAUAUAAAUAAGCAAAACCUGACCGAGCGAAUCGCUUGUAUUUAAUGAAGAAUCAGCCAAGUAGCAUUUUGCAUGUGGGCGGUAAAGAAGCGGGCGAAUGAAAACGAAAAAAAAAACUUACGGUUACUUAAGCUGAGUGAAGCUUUAUUAUCAUGUAGGAAUAAUCCAAUUAGUCAGAAUCAGCCGGCGACGGCGAGAGAAACGUGACGGAAUUUGUGUAGGUGCCAGUACCCGGGGGAUCCGUGUCGAACAGGAACCAGAUCAGGGGUGUAGCUUGUAGCUAGUGGUGCAAUCUGGCUAAUGGUGUCACCAAUGUGCUACUAUCGUUCUAAAUGAAGAGAUUACGGUGAUAGAAACUUGACAGAACCGAAUGAAUUGCGUCGAAAGAGCGCAAUGAGCGAACAGAAGCGGAGAAAUCAAAGAAAUGAUACUUUAUAUAGUUAAAUAUUUAAAAAAAAGUAUUUUUAAUUCUUAUGUGAUAAGAAUAUAAUAAAGAUGGUGAAAACAUCUUAAUAUGUUUG